ACGGAGGCAGACUUUGACCUCUGUUCAAAUCCAGAUGGACAGCUAUACCCUCCGCUGAUCACCGCUCCGUCUACCAGAGCUAUUACAGGUCUUCAGGGCUGAAACAUGAGCGACUUCUUGACCCUCUCCACGGGGCAGAGGAUGCCCGUGGUCGGACUCGGCACAUGGAAGAGUGCUCCAGGACAGGUGAAGCAGGCCGUGCUGGCAGCGUUGGAUUGUGGGUACAGACACAUUGACUGUGCUGCUGCGUACAGCAACGAGCAGGAGGUGGGGGGGGCUCUGUCUCUCAUGGUCGGCUCCGGGAAGGCUCUGCGUCGUGAGGAUGUGUUUGUAACAUCCAAACUGUGGAACACCAAGCAUGACCCGGAGGAUGUGGAGGAGGCCUGCAGGACCAGCCUGGCCCACCUGGGUCUCUCCUACCUGGACCUGUACCUCAUGCACUGGCCCAUGGCCUUCCAGCGGGGGAAGGAGCUGAUGCCUCGGAGGGACGAUGGAAGUAUUUGUUACUCUGACACACACUACAGAGACACCUGGGCAGCCAUGGAGAGCCUGGUGGACAAAGGUCUGGUGAAAGCUAUCGGACUCUCCAACUUCAACGCCAGGCAGAUGGAUGACAUCAUCAGCACGGCCAGACACGCCCCUGUCGUGAACCAGGUGGAGUGCCAUCCUUAUUUGUCUCAAGCAGAUCUCCUGUCUCACUGUCGGUCCGUGGCAGUGUGUGUGACGGCGUACAGUCCUCUGGGCAGCGGGGACAGACCCUGGGCCGCUCCAGAUGACCGGAGUCUGCUGACGGAUCCUCGACUAGCAGCCAUCGCACAGAGAUAUCAGAAAACACCGGCCCAGGUCGUACUCAG